CUUGGCGGGCUUGUUGCAGAGCCAGGUGACGGCAGUCAAAGUCGUCCACAGUGGUUGGUAUGUCUGACGUACAGUUGUGUGACCAACCCCUAGCAUGGCGAGCUUCGAGGGUGGGGUUUCAGGGCAAAUACACUGAAGCUGGGCCGCUCUAUGCGCGAUGUCAGGCGAUACAAGAGGCAGUUCUAGGCCCCGAUCACCCACGCCUGGCCACAACGCUCGGUAACUGGGCAGCAUUGUUGUACGAACAGGAUGUUCCGACUUUCGCCAUGACGUCAUCCCGUCUUCCCGUCACGUUCCAGGGCAAGCCUGAAGAGGCCGGGGCGUUGUUUAACCGUUCCCUUGCCAUCCGCGAGAAGGCUCUUGGACCUGAUCACCCUGACGUGGCUACAUCGCUCAACAACCUGUCAUGCUUGUUAGAGAGCCAGGGCAAGUAUGGGCAGGCCGGACCGUUGUACGAACGUUCCCUUGCCAUCCGCGAGAAAGCUGCUCUUGGACCUGAUCACCCUGACGUGGCUACGUCGCUCAACAACCUGGCAUGCUUGUUAGAGAGCCAGGGCAAGUACGCUGAGGCUGAGUCGCUCUAUGCGCGGUGUCAGGCGAUAGAAGCAAAGGUUCUAGGCCCUGAACACCGACGCCUGGCCACAACGCUUUACAACUGGGCGGCGCUGUUACACAAGCAGGGAAAAUACGCUGAAGCUGAGUCGGUCUAUACGCGGUGUCAGGAGAUAGAAGAGAAGGCUCUGGGCCCUGAGCACCCAAGCCUGGCCACAACACUCAAUAGCAGGGCGAAGUUGUUGACGACGCAGGGCAACUAUACUGAGGCUGAGGCCCUCUAUGCACAGUGUCAGGCGAUACAAGAGAAGAUUCUGGGUCCUGAGCACCCAAGCCUGGCCACAACGCUCGACAAAUUGGCAGUAGCGUUGUACAAGCAGGGCAAGUUUGGGCAGGCCAGGCCGUUGUUUGAACGUUCCCUUGCCAUCGUGGAAAAAGUUCGAGGAUCUGAUCACCCUGACGUGUGGUCAUUGCUCGGCAAUUGGGCGUGCUUGUUGAAGAGCCAGGGCCAAUUCGCUGAGGCUGAGCCGCUAUAUGCGCGGUGUCAGGCGAUAGAAGAGAAGGUUCGAGGUCCUGAGCACCCAAGCCUGGCUACGACCCUCAACAACCGGGCGAGCGUGUUGUUUAGCCAGGGCAAGAAUGAGGAAGCCGCGCCGCUGUUGGAACGCUCCCUUGCCGUCACCGAGAAAGCGUUAGGACCUGAUCACCCUGAUGUGGCAACAAUACGCAACAACUUGGUCAAUUUGUCGCAGAAGCAGGAAAGAGCCGUGGGCACCAUCCAUUAAGACUCCUUGGGUUCCCUAUCGAGUCAUACGGUCUGUUCCUGGUGAUGAUAAGUUGUACGGGAGGAGCUUAAAGCUGACGCAGUUGUGCCUAGAUGACCGCUAGUCACCGACUCGUCACGGUUAUAAAAGAACAAACCGCCUGUCGACCCUGUCCGCAGAUUUCUGCGAAGGACUACAGGAGAGAAAGAGAUUGGAGUGACGUCCGACAUGAGCUAGCGAAGCACGUUGUCUGUGCAGUGUUUUACGCGAUCACGAGGCAAUCUUAAGCAGAGUGUCGCACAGCCAGUGUGCCACAUGCAGUCCAGUCAGGGGUAACACCAACACGAAGCCAGCUCAUCAUUGGUUCAAAAGGGGUGCAGUCCACCUCGGGUAUUUCGAUUCCGCAAGAAUCAAUGCAGGUUGCCAUUUUUCUGUACCGAAGUUCUGCUUUUCCGGGCCGAACAGCCUCAUCAUCGUGGUUUACCCUGUUGACCAAUCACCAUAUUUUGCUGCCCAGUACCCCCUGCCAACCUAGGUUGCAAGGCCUCUAUUCGGGUGACAAUUUGAAGUGCUACAACAGGCCCUGAGUAGUGGUCCACGGUGGGGGGGAAGCCGUCUUUGGAUAUCUGCAUUUCUAAGAUAUCGUAGAUUGGGUUUCUGGCUGGCUGGGAUACCUUUUUUGCAGGAGAGAGGGAGAGAAAGAUAUAGAGAGGGAGAGAGAGACUGACGGGGGGG